CGCGGGGCGAGCCGGGCCGGGCGCGCACAUGGCGCUGCGGAGCCGCCGGCGGAGACCGGCUGCAGCCGGUAUAUAAAGGGCUGGGAGCGAGCGCAGCAGCAGCCGCCGCCGCGGGCAGCGGGAGCACCGGCGGGCAGCGGGGCCCCCUCGUCUCCUCGCCCCGCUCGCCCGGCCAUGGGCAGCCCUUAAGCCCCGCUCGGCACCCGAUCAAAAAAUGACUGUCAAAGCCGUAAAAAUGUCGUGCACCACUCCAAAUGUUUAUACUAAAGUGCCUGAUGGAGGAUGGGGUUGGACAGUUGCUUUUGCUUUCUUCUUUGUGGAAGCUCUAACGUACGGCAUUAUAAAAUCAUUUGGCGUCUUCUUUAACGACUUGAUGGAAAGCUUUGAUGAAACCAACAGCAGGAUAUCAUGGAUAAUAUCCAUCUGUGUGUUUGUACAGACCUUCACAGCUCCUCUAUCAACAAUCCUCAGCAAUCGCUUCGGUCACCGCUUCGUGGUGAUGGCCGGAGGGGUGCUGAUCAGCACUGGCGUGGUCACUGCCUCCUUCGCCCGCAAUGUUGUGGACAUGUAUGUCACCAUCGGUGUCAUCUCUGGCCUUGGAUACUGCCUCUCUUUCCUCCCGACUGUCACCAUUUUAUCACAGUAUUUUGACAAAAGACGUUCGCUGGUCACAGCAGUGGCAUCUACCGGAGAAUGUUUUGCUGUUUUCUCCUUUGCACCAGCAAUUACUGCUUUGAAGGAGCAGAUUGGCUGGAGAUACAGCCUCCUUUCUGUUGGGGUGCUACAGCUAAGCAUCGUCGUCUGCGGAUCACUGCUGCGACCCAUUAUCAUCAAAGAGCAAGAAGAAGUGAAAGCGCAGCCUCCAGAAGAGCCCACAGAGACAAAGUACAUGCUUGAAAAUGAGCAAACACGCACCUCAAUAGAGUCCAUAGACUCAGGAGUAGAAAUAACUACCUCACCCAGCAAUGUGCCUGGAAACGCCAAAGCAGAGCAUAAAAGUGAAGAACCAAAGGAACACAUACAGACACUUGUUGGAAAUAAAAGCACCCCUGCAGAACCAAAAACCAAACUACUGGACUUUUCUGUGAUGAGAGACUGUAGCUUUAUCUGUUAUGCAUUCUUUGGCCUCUUUGCUACCGUAGGCUUCUUUGCUCCCUCCCUCUACAUCAUUCCCAUGAGUCUCAGCCUUGGCAUUGGCAAAGACCACUCUGCAUACAUACUGUCAGCCAUGGCGAUCGCAGAGGUCUUUGGAAGGAUUUCAGCUGGCUGGGUUCUCAACAGAAAGCCCAUCCGCAAGAUCUACAUCGAACUCAUCUGCGUUGUUCUGCUGUCUGUAGCAUUGUUUGCCUUCCCUUUUGCCUCUGAAUUCUGGGGCUUGAUGACAUGUAGCAUAUUUUUUGGGUUCAUGCUCGGAACGGUCGCGGGCACACAUAUUCCUCUCCUGGCAGAAGAUGACGUGGUUGGCAUCGCAAAGAUGUCUUCUGCAGCUGGAGUCUACGUCUUCAUUCAAAGCUUAGCUGGGUUGGCGGGACCACCCCUUGCAGGUGUCUUAGUGGAUACGACCCAGAACUACAGCUCAGUCUUUUACUCCUGUGCUGCUGGCAUGGUCCUGGGUGCUGUGUUUCUGUCCCUGGUGAGACCGUGCAAGGUUGGGCUGUGCCACCGCCAGCAGCAGUGCGCAGAGGAGGGGGUGAUGGAGGUAGUACUGGACUUGCCAGAGGACUUUAUUGACAUGGAUAUUGCAAAAGCAGAAAAUUCAGGAAAAGGCUGUGAUGGCGCGGCAUAAAAAAACCCUGUUCCUCCUCCAUCUAAAGUACUCUGUGUAAGACCGGGGAAAACAUCAGCUCUGCUCCAUGUUUUAAAACUACAUUCUAAAGGGAAUGUGAAAUUUUAAAUGUGAACAGUUGCCACCAACGACUCUUUUUUAAUUAUUAAAAAAAAAAAAAAGACUCUUUUAACCAACAACGGAAAGCUGCAUAGAAAAUACAGAUAGCCACAUAAGAAUAACUUCUGUCUAGCAUGAAGAUGUGAUGCACACUCCUGCUUUCCUGAUACCAAGCGUAGGUAAAGGUUUGAUACAUCCCAGAAAAACUGACAACAGCAACAGCAGAAGCGGCUCAGCCUCUGACUGUCCUCACGCAUUCCCAACUGCAAAUUCCAUGCAGCCAAGAAACCGAUGAUAGAAACUGGAGAUGAGCAUUUUGUGCACCACCAGUAGCCAACUGCAUCUUCUGGAAGAAUAUGGACUUGUGUUUCAGAUUUGAGGAGAAGGCUAGGCUAGAUAACUGACUUAAACCAUUGUUAAUGUUCUUCUAAUUAACUUGAAACAUCACAAAUGCUGGGAAAUCAGAGGCUCCAUAUGUCUUUAUGGCCAGUUACUACUGCACAUAUUUCAUAAGAUCAUUUUUCUUCUCCCCAUUGAUAUCCUUAGGACUGUUUACGAUUGAUAGUCAGAUCUGAUGUACUGUUUCUAAUUUAACUAGUAUUUAUUAAUUUAUUCUAAGAUUGUUAAAGAAGGUUAGCUUAAAUAACUGGAGAGGAAAAAUCAUCUUUUGCAUAACGGAAAGCUGCCUUGACAUCAAUCUCUUCAAUACCUAUCUUGUAUUGCUAGCUUGUGAAAUUGUUGGGAAACUUACUCUUACAGCAUAGAGUGUAGCUGUUUUUAAUAGGUAGGUCUUAGGUAACCUAAUUGUUAUUUAAAAAGGAAAAAAAAAUUAAUAAACUACAGACCCAGCAUCUCUUUCCAUAAGGCCUCAGCUGGUGCCAGCGGACCUCACUCCGCUCCCGUCAGCAGCCCACCCUGCAGGGAGGAUUUGGUCCAGUAUGUCUUAAUGUACCCGAAACCCUCGCUUACAGGUGCACAAGGAACUCUUUGCCGCAUCACCGAACGAAUGUGGAACCCCUCUUUUUUUCCCAGCCCCCUCGCAGCCCGCUGCCAGCCGCAGGGCACGGGACAGUUGGUCUGACUGUACCCCCUGCCCUGGCUCUCCCUGCUCCCCCAAAGUCAGCAAGAGGCUUUUUUUUUGUUGUUGUUUUUGCUGCUGACUUCAGUGAGAAAUGAACUGGAACCUGUGCACAUUGAAGGCCUGAAGGGAAUGAUAAGAGACAACGUACUAGCUGUUCAUUUAGUCUUAACAGGAGAGAUUCCUACUCACAGUGACACAAGCUUGCUUACCCCACCUAUAUGCAUCUUAACGCCUCUAGGCAACUCAGGGGGACAAAUAAAACGAGUCUGUUGUGGUUUGGGAAAAAAAAACCCAAACCAACAUUUCUGUGUAUUUAAGUGGAAGUGGCAUCGUGCAUUAACUGCUAUGCUGACCUGUCUAUAUUUUUACCAGCCAUAGAAAUGUGGGACAAUCUGUUAAAAACUUUUUAUGGGAAGGUGCUUGAGUUGGGGUGGGUUUUUUUUUUUGUCUUAGAUGUCAAAAAGAAAAAAAAAUCCAAACAAAAAAAAAAAAAACACAAACCACCAGGCACUCUUGUAACCAAGUGGCUAGAGCAAUCCAUCCUCACUGCCCGAGACCUGCGGUCUCGCGUCCUUCCUCUGCCUCAGCACUUUAUCACAGCCAGCAGAACCUCGCUGCGUUGCACCCAGGACUGGAAGACCCCUUACAGAGAACUAGAGUUUUGUGAAUCAGUGAGUAAAUGAACAAAUAAUGACAUUGCAUUAAGAUGUACUUUUUAUUUAUUGUUAAUUUAUGAUACUUCAAGCAUUUUGGUAAAUGUUCUGUAGACUAUAAUUGUAAGAUUAUUGAAGUCUGUGUGAGACGAGAGACUACAGCACUUUGCUAUUACAACUCUGCUUGGAAGUGGAAUGAGGCCUCCAGGUUUUGUGUGUGUGUGUGGAAGCUCCCUGUUCUGCAGAUUUGCAAGGUUCUACUUUAAUUUAAUUUUUGGUUUGGUUGGGUUUUUUGGUUUUGUUUUUUUUUUUUACAACAGUUUCCAAUACAGAUCAAAUAAUAUUUGUCACUGACCUCACAGUACGUUUCUGUUCCUGUCUGUGUAGUGGCACGAGCAGGGGAGCGAGUGAGUAUGUGUGCGUGCAGGCACAGCAGACCCAGAAGCGGGCUUUAACGCGUUCAAAGCAGGAUUUACUGAUCUGUUUGUAAUGUACCUAGUGGAAAUACUCUAAAACACUGAGUUUUGCAAUAAAAUUAUUCUUUUUUUUUC